AUGAGCGAAACUCCUUACACCAAGCAAAAGAAACGCGAGAAAGACUGCACUUCCGAGCGAGCCAUGCCGCAGCAAGAAAGAACAGAUGUGGGAGAAUCACCUUCCUGUAGGAUUCAUCCAAGGGAAAAUGGAAAACAAGUGGUACCGAAAGCCGAGUUGCAAGAGCAUUCUGAUUCACUACCAAUCCGUGCACCCCUGGAGAACCAAAAAAUAGCUGUCACGAUCUUGGCACGCGAAUCAGACGUUCUGGCGCGAAAAACAUUGGAAGCGUUUUCUAUUACGGCCAAAAGUCCAAUUAUGAAUCGUAAAGAAGAAUGCAUCGAUAUGACCAGCGAGCUGGCGCCAUAUCAAGACCUUUCAUUAAAGGCGGCGUAUCUCGACUUUGGCGUGGUGUGCAGCUCACAACAAAAGCGUGGAGUUUGGGUAGCAGCUUGCGAAACCCAGCAUGGUUCGGCUCAUCUUUAA